UUUAGUAAUCUGACACUUUGGCCGACCCCCCUAAAGAAAAUCCCCAAGCAGGACGAUGGUCUCGUAAUAACUCGAGUUGUAUCAGUAGUCGUCCCGAGCGCAGACGAGAAGAACCGAGCCGAAGCAGAAAAACGGCGAGAGCGCAAACAACUCGUGGCGGCUAAGGGGGGGGGGGGGGGGGAACCCUGCCUGGCGUUUCAUAAAGAGGUGUCCUUCAGUGGCUCAGAUGAUACCAAAGCAACGAGAAGAAGUUUUACUUUCCGCAAGCGGAUGGGUGACUACCGCUUCCAGCGCCGGCGCUUUGUGAGGAGGAGAUGAUGAUGAAGAAUUUCCCCAGCAGUCCCCUUAACAACAACCAGACUCAGAACCACAUCAGAGAUCGGAACAACAAAAAGUAUAGUAGCUGGCUCUCCGCUGUGCCCCUGCGAUUCUCCCUGCGAGGCUAUGGUUUCUGCAUGGCCACGCUGUUCCUCUUCUGUUUCGGGUCACUGGUCUACCAGCUGAACGGAGGACCCCCUACAAUCCUGCUGGACAUCCGACAGUAUCUAGACUCAAUGGUUGCCUGGCCGGGAAGGUCUUUGGUCAGUCAGAACGGACAGCCGCAGCAAGUUAAAAAGAAGCACCCGCCACACUGUGCGACUUCAGGUGAAUCCACGUUCCAGGAUGACCACGGACCGCCAGUAGCCAGAGUGCUGCCGUUCCCGAGUCAGGUGGUGUAUAACCGGGUGGGGAAGUGUGGCAGCCGGACGGUGCUGAUCCUGCUGCGGCUGCUGUCGGAGAAGCACCAGUUCAACCUGGUCUCCUCGGAGAUCCACAACCGGACCCGCCUCACCAAGCACGAACAGGUGGAUCUCAUAAAGAACAUCAGCAACAUGCCACAGCCGUUCCUCUACACGCGGCACGUUCACUUCCUCAACUUCACCAGGUUUCGGGUGGAGGAGCCCGUCUACAUCAACAUAAUCCGGGACCCGAUCAACCGCUUCCUGUCCAACUACUUCUUCCGGCGGUUCGGGGACUGGAGGGGGGAGCAGAACCACCUCAUCCGCACGCCGGGGAUGAAGGACGACGAGAGAUACCUGGAUAUCAAUGUGUGCAUCUUAGAAAACUACCCAGAGUGCUCCAACCCCAGGAUGUUCUACAUCAUCCCCUACUUUUGUGGUCAGCAUCCACAAUGCAGGGAGCCAGGAGUGUGGGCCUUGGAGAGGGCCAAGCAGAACGUGUUGGAGAACUACCUCCUGGUGGGGAUCCUGGAGGAGCUGGAGGACGUGCUGCUCCUGCUGGAGAGGCUUCUGCCCCACUUCUUCUCAGGGGUCCUCAACAUCUACAAGAGCCCUGACUACAAGAAGGCGGGCAACAUGACGGGCACGGUGCGCAAGCACACGCCCACGCUGGAGGCCCUGCAGGUGCUCUACCACCGCAUGCGCUACGAGUACGACUUCUACGGCUUCGUCCGCGACCAGUUCCACCUGGCCAAGAAGAAGAUCGGCCUCAAGUCGGCCCCGCGCCCCUCCGCCUACUCCCACGACUUCCUGCGGGACCUCGUCCGCCGCACCCCCGAGCCCAUGGCGGAGGAGGACGACGAAGAGGAGGAGGAGGAGGAGGAGGAGGAGGAGGAGGCGCAGGACACCACCCUCGAGGACGCCGCCAGCUGGCUGGUGAACCCCUGAGGACGCCCGCGCCGUGGCCCGGGGUGGGGGGGGCCUGUACUGGACUAGUGGGACAGGGGCCGGAACACCAGGGUGGAGGGGGGUCCUCCCCCCUUAAUGGAUCACCCUGGUGGUGGGUGGGUUGGUCGGUUGCUCAGUGUUGGUGUGUGUGUGUGUGUGUGUGUGUGUGUGUGUGUGUGUGUGUUUGUGUGUGUGUGUGGGAAAAAGACUCUCUCUAUGGCGAGGACUGGACGUGUGGAGUGAAUAGAUCGGGGUGGUGGGGGAGGGGGGAUGCAGUAUCUCAUGAACUGCCGGGGGGACCAUGGAAAUGGACUUGGAAGGCUCGACGCCAUUUUGAAGUUCCUUCAAGCUCACCGAGCGAGAUUCGUUGGAUUUGAGGCAGAUGCGGUUUCUAUUAUCUCCAGGAGAGAUGAAUGCUGGAUGAGUACAAAUCUGUUGAGAAAUAUUCUAAAUUACAGGUUGAUUGCGACCAUUGCGAGAUAAGAGGGUUGGUUGAAUAUUUUAAUUUUCUUGUUUUGAUAUUGGUACUUUUUUUAAUGGUUCUCCCUCUCGACUCUGGUCUGUAAAGCUUCUAAUUUUAUGUCAUCAAAAGUGCCAUCAAACUAUUCAUCAUCCAGGACCGUUCAAGACACAUGGAGUCAGUUUGUGAUGAAAAUCCUACAGUGUUUUCUGAAAACUGUCGUGACACCACCUGUGGAUGAUGGUAUUUGAUUCAGUGGGAGGCGGAACGAUAAGCACGCAUUUAUGAAUUCAGAGAAUUCCAAUUGUGUGCGGCGGUAUCAUUACACUCGACCAAACCAACAUUGUGCUUUACAUGUAUUUAAGAUAGGUCAUGGAGUAUAAGUGUGUGAAAUUUUUCCAUUUUAAGAUAGAUUUUGAGUAUUUAAGAUAGGUCAUGGAGUAUAAAUGUUUGAAAUUUUUCCAUUUUUGGGGGAAUAAUUAUAGGGAUGAAUGCGAAGAAAGUGCAUGAAGCCCAAUUCAGUUCAAUCCAAAGUUUUAAAUAUCAGUAAAAGAACUUGCCAAAACUAUUGCCAACUUCUCUACAAUGCAAUGCUAUGACCCAUUUUGGGAUGUAUUUAUUAUAUCUGUGUUUAUCAUGACAUUAAUUAGCAGCUCGUCCAUUUCCCUCUUGCGUAGAAUUGCUCUUGAAAGUUCUGUUUAAAUUAAGGUACGUAUUUGUUUGUCAUAUUUUUCUGUUGAUGGGCAGAGACUGCUUGUGGGGCGGUUGAAUGGAUUUUUCAAGUUUAAGAGUAAUAAUCUACCAUCGGUCCCAUGGUAUGAAAACUAAUUGAAGCAUAUCAAAGAUUUUAAGGAAUUGUAUUUAAGUUGUUUUAUGUACAAAUGCCUUUAAAUGCCAAAAAAACCAAAAAAACAGGAAAUAAAGAAAUCCUGGUGGACAAGCUGGAAA